CUGAAAGCAUGCUACCCAGAGAACUUUGAUGUCUGUAACACUUAUGCCCAACAUUAUCACCGGCAUAUAAAGACGAGGACAGAAGAGAUCACACAGUUUGAACUAUGUGAGAAGGACAACUAUGCAGUUCUGUGCUGGGUGCAGAACCUCUAUCCGAAUGAAAUCUUGAAAAACCCAAAACUAUCCGGACACACUGAUGACUCACGGCUGGAAUGUCUUCUAUCUCAUGAAGCUGUCCGAUUACUUCAGAACAAUUUUGUGCGUACUGAAAGGGAUUCCUUUAGUGACCACAUGAAUAAA